AUGAUCUUCGCCCAGGAUUAUGAUCAGCACCCCACUGUGUCUUUGGUUAUUGACAUGGUACUUUCAGCCUCUUUACGUCAAGUUGAUGCUCUAUGCGAACGUCCUCUGCGGGAUCGUCGAAACGAUGCCUGGCCAUACAUUUCCAUUCACAUACUGUCUAUCCUUUGUACCGUUAUUCGAAUUUAUACCAAAGCGUUUCUUGUCAAGCAGUUUUCGCCUGAAGAUUGGUUGUCUUUGAUUUCAUUUAUUAUUUAUAUCGUGUAUUUCGGUAUUGGACAUCAUGCAUUGAUGUCUGCUUUUGGCCAGGAUAUCUGGCAGGUCAAUGCAGAAGACCUGUCACAUGCCCUCAAGUUAUUCUGGAUCGACUGCCCUUUCUACAGCCUUCUAAUGGGCAUGACAAAAGUCACCAUCAUACUAUUCUACAUUCGCCUUUGCCACGUAUACACAAGAUUCUGCCAAGCGUGUUGGGCCGUUAUUAUCAUCGUAUGCCUUAAUACCGUCAUAUUCAUGUUCCUCAACAUCUUUCAGUGCACGCCAAUACACUGGAACUGGAAUCGCUUUAGCGGAAACGACGUGGACUUUCAGUGCAUGGAUUUGAACAAACUGCAGUGGUCGAUCAAUAUUACCAAUAUCAUCUUUGACGUGGUGGUCCUGGCCCUUCCGAUACCGCUGGUCUGGAGGAUGAGGUCGACAUUCCGCCGAAAACUCGCCAUCAUCUUCAUGUUCAGCUUGGGCGUCGUUGUUCUAGUCGCUAGCUGCCUCAAAAUGCGAUACAACAUUCUUUACGGUCACUCCACCAACAUAACAUGGGAUUACAUGGACCUCAUGGUCUGGGCAGGCAUCGAAAGCUCCGUGAGCAUCGCAGCGCCGUGCCUUCCCACUGUACGAUUAUUCCUGCACAAAGUGUUCCCACAGUCUUUCGGCCGUAUGUUUGCUUUUGGGUCACACGCAGACCGUACUCUUGACGACGAGAUUAAAGCCGAGGAGGAGGAAGUGGCGCGCUGGGCAGCUGAUCUCGAGAAGCCCUCGGAUGCAGCUUUGGUAGUUGUUAGACCGAGAAGGGCGGCAAUAAGCUUGGGCCAUGAUCUGGGGCCUGCGCGAGGAGGAAGAGGGGGAAGGAGGAAACCAAUGACUGAGGCGUCUAGAAUUCUCAAAAGUGUUGAUGAAUUCGACGAGGCCCCGCUUGUUACUUAG